UUCAAAUUUCAUAACGAUAUUUUGGCAAGUAGCUCAAUAUCAUUUCGAAAGUUUGUUUCUGCGACUUUGCAUAGAAAUCUCUUUGAAUUUUCGCAUAUUAAUGUUAGCAACAUGGUGAGGACAAAGGCGGACAGAGUGCCAUCAAAAGCUGUAGCCAGCAAGGCGCCUAGAAAAGGUACGGGUACUCCUGGCAGGAAAAAUAAUGCUAGAAAAAAUGUAGGAAAAAGCCAUGGAGGUGGAAAUCCCUAUCAUCCAAGAGAAACUCCGGAAUGGCAGAAACCCAUCACUUCCUUUAUGAAUACGAGUUCAAAAACAACUACGAGCAAUGCAUCACCAGAAAAAGAAAAAAUUGAAAAUCAGGCUACCUCAAACUGUGCAGACCCAAAUACUGAGGAAAGCGCAGCGGAAGAAGACAGUGAGACUGAUUAAAACAUUCUCUUUUAUUCCAUUUUCCAUAUUUCUUUAAUAUUUUACUGUUAAAUUAUUUAUUUAUUUUAAUUAUUCAACUGUUACAUUCUCUUAUCCUAUAUUCAUAUGCUUUAAGUAGUUAGGUAUUACAUACAAGUACAAAAACUAGACAAAUUUCUCAUUUUACUGCUAUAGAGUGGCAGUUUGUACUCACUAUCAUAAUAAGUGUUAUUUUUCAAAUUGUAAAUAAAUAGAA